GGCUGUUGCGGAGGGAGAGAUAGACGAAACGGAGGACUGACGCACACUAUCCUCUGCGGGGAUAUUCCGUCACUUGCACCGUAUUUCACGAGCAGUGACUACCCAUGAUUUCUUGUUUUUUUUGUUGUUGCUCAGUUUCAACACUGGAUAAAGGAAUAUUUAGGAAUAAUUAGCGGGUGAUAUUGAAGAACCCGAUAAAGGAUAACAUUUGGGCGAUUUGUUCCUCUUUAGGGGCAACUUGGGCUGGACAGAGGACGCGCACUUCGCACAUGCCCUUUUGGAUUACCGCACUCUCUUCUGUUGAAUUUAUCAUCAUGAAUUGUGCUGGUAAAUGAAUUUCAGCCCUGCGUCCACUCGUUAUAUGUCGCCGUCCCUCUUCGCACCCCGAUCCAGAUGAGAGAUCUCCCCGGUGGACCUGAAGCGCUUUUACGCAGCCAGUCCCCGGAGCGCAGCGCCGCCGUCACCAGCGGUGAUCCCCAUCGGACAAGAGCGGAGAGACCGUCUGUUUCCACAUCCACGUCUUGUCCUUCUCCCUCGGAUCCCUCGCGCCAGGCUAAGAGAAUUCCUAUCCGGAUCGUAAAGAUGUUGACGGCGCACAGCGGCCACUUGCUGCACCCGGAGUAUCUCCAGCCCCUCACAUCUGCGCCAGUCAGCAUUGAACUGGAUGCCAAGAAGAGUCCUUUGGCUCUGCUGGCCCAGACCUGCUCUCAAAUUGGCAAACCAGACCCCCCCUCCUCUUCCAAGUUGGCUUCCCUCUCCUCUGGCAGCCUGGGAGACAAGGAGUCCUCCAGUCGGUCAUCCAAACCUGGAGAGCAGCACCAGUCUCAGGAGGACAGGUCCAGCUUCAAGCCUUACUCAAAGUCAUCAGGCGACUGUAGGAAGGAUGUUCUGGUGACAAAGGGGCCUUCAGAUAAAGCUGCUUUCAGAGUGCCAAAUGUAAGCUCCAGUGGUGGUAGCACUUCCUGUCAGUCCUUUCCUCCCCAUUCCCAGUCACCCAGCUCUAGCUCUCCUCCCCUUCACACUCAGAACCAGCCCCACAGGCAAAGCCAUUCCCCCUCCACGCAGCCUCCGCCACACUCCCAAGCCCUGCACCUGGACAACAAACCUGGGAGCUCAGAACAGGCCAGUUCAGACACUAACAACAGCAGUUCCAGCAAAAAAGACUCAGAUGCAGCUAAAUCGGGGAUGGACGGGGCUCAGUUAGCAAACUCCAGCCACAUACGUGCCAGUGCCAACUCCAGCAAUGCCAGCUCCGCCAGCAGCCCGCGGCCGGAGAGCAAGACAGACCCACAGGCCUCCUCACAGCCUGGCCUGGGGUCUGGGCAUAUUGCCCCUGUUUCUCCUUUUAAACCAGGACAUUCUGUCUUCCCUUUGCCUCCUGCUACCAUGGGUUACCACGGCUCUGUUGUGGGGGCCUACGCUGGCUACCCCUCUCAGUUUGUUCCUGGUUUGGAUCCUACCAAGUCUACUUUGGGGUUGGGACUUCCAGGAAAGCACCCCAGCUCCAGCCCACUCACUGGAGCCUCACCUCCAUCCCUGAUGCAGGGCUUAUGUCGGGACCCAUACUGUCUGACUUACCCAAACGCACCCCACCUGGGAGGCAGUAACUGCUCCACCUGUGUCCAUGAUCCCUCAAGUCUCAAGUCAGGUUUCCCCCUGGUUUACCCCUCACACCAUCUCCACUCCCUGCACUCCAGCUCCCUGUCCUCCAGCUCCACCCCCUCCCUUUCCCACCCCCUAUACACUUAUGGUUUCAUGCUCCCCAAUGACCCACUGCCCCACGCCUGUAACUGGGUGUCUGUAGGAGGUCCUUGUGACAAGCGUUUUUCCACCUCAGAGGAGCUACUAGCCCACUUGCGUACCCACACAGCCCUGCCUGGGAUGGUGGACAGUAAGCUGUUGUCAGCCUACCCUUCAUCGGUUUCAUCGACAGCCUCCUGCCACCUCCACCUGCCCCCACCCAGCAGCCCAGGUACUCUGCCCAGCUCCUUCUCCCUCCGAGGCUCUCCCGGUUUGGGUCUGGCCCGCUACCAUCCCUACAGCAAAUCCCAUCUGCCUGGAGCCCCAGGACUUCCCAUGCCAUCCCUCCCCUCCUCAUCAGCCUAUUACUCCCCCUAUGCCCUAUACAGUCAGAGACUGGGCUCAGCCUCAGCCCUUGGAUACCAGUGAUAUUUGACACAGUGUUGAUGCCCACAUACUGUAGGCACCAGCUUGGACUCUCCAGAGUAGCCCUGAAGAUGGAUUCUUUAGACUGGGGUCAUCACCAGUACAGGGCAUCAUGCCUGCUGGUCUGUCUGCCAGGAAUACCACCUGUUGGUCUCAGGAUUGUGACUGGCGCUCCAAAGGCAAAAGACCCUGUGAUUGUCUGCAGCACGGAGUGAACAGACUGUAGUGUUUAAAGAUGGCAGAGCAGAGCUUGAAAAUGACUGUGGGAUUAUUACGACAGUCUUGAUUUAUUUUUUUGUUUUGCUUUUCUCUAUAUCUGUCCCCCAGAACUGAAAGUCUGUAUUUAUUUUUCACUCAAGCGCUUGGGAUUCAACUCUGGGGAGAAAAUUUUGCUGUCCAAAUGAAUAGUUCUUAAGUAUUCUAACUGAAAAAGUGAUUUAAGUAUAGUACAAUUAUGCCUAUCAUACUCUCUAAAAAUAAAAAUCUUGCACCACGAUGAAAAUGGACUGUGAGGCUUUAUUCUAGAGACCUUUUUUUUUAUAUCUCAUUUCAGCUGUUGUUGUUGUUUUUUCUUUUCUUCAUCUUCUACUGCAUAUUCAAACUCUGGAGAACUGCAUGUAUUUGAGAAUUAUCUUGAACAAUGCCAUUAUUUUUAUUUGUAUAUAUGCAAAGAUGUAAUAUUUUUUCAAGCUUACUUUGGGUCAGCAAUUUGGGGUCACAGAUGCAAAUAGUACAAAGAUAAGAAGACAUAAAUAAAAUUAAAAAAAACAAUUAACGAUGGCUGUGCUGUCCAACCAAC